AGAGUCAUCCAAAGCCACUUGCAUGAAUGAAUUCAUUUUUUUGUCAACUAAGUAAUUAAAAACUCAGAAACUAACUAAAUAAAUCAUAAUCCAAAGUCUCUAAGAAACUGUAUUCUAUGUCGAAAAAUCACCAACUCCCAGGUUAACUCGCUAUAAAUACAAAGUUGUCUCUCUUCGAUUACUCACAUCUCAAUCGUCUCUCUGAUCAAUAACUCACCUUUCGAGAUAUAGCUUCACUCCUGUCACACCAAACUAUCGGAUCUCCAUGGAGAAAUUAGAUAGACGAAGCGAAGAAGAAACUUAUCUAUGGAUUUCAUUUCAGUUUCUCGACCAAACUCUCAUAGCUAUCUUCAAGUGUCUUGGUAUUCUUUGUCAGACAGCUAAGGAAACGGCGUCGUCUCCGGUGACUUUAAACCUGCCCGAGGAAGAAAAUGAUGUUGCCAUGAAAGACGAUGUCGUUUUAUCGACUAGAGGAAAGAAGCCCAAAGCAAAGAAAAGGGAUAAAGAAAACACUAGUAAAGGCCGUCCUGGCCAAACUAAUAAAAUUACAUUGUUUAGUUCAAUUAACGGAAGUGAAAUAGAAAAGGGUGAUUUAGGUGAAUAACCCAAAAAAAAA